AUGGACAGCGGCGUAGAGGCACAGGCGAAUGGCGGCUCGCUUGCCUCCCACGCCAACGGUCCUAGGAAAUGCUCGACAGGAACGCCGAGAGAGCCGUCCGAGGAUCCCCACGUCCGCGGGCACACCCAAUCAGGCAGGUCCCCUUUGCAGACGAUGGCGGACACGAAAGCUCAGAUGGCAAAUCGCGCAAUGGCCAGGACCGAAGUGAGCGGAGCGGCGGUGGCGGAAUUCGGAUUCUCGGCGAGCCAAGGAGUGCAUUGGGACGAGUACAUCAGCUUCCGUCCCGUCUAUCCGCCCUCCUUCUUCGGCCGCAUCUACGAUUACCAUUCCACCAAGGCUCGGGCCGCUUGGUCCACGGCGCACGACGUCGGAGCCGGCUGCGGCAUCGUCUCGGCGCAGCUCGCCUCCCGCUUCGAACGCGUCGUCGUGUCGGACCCGAACGACGGCUACGUCGUCGUCGCCCGAAAGAUGCUCGUCGACGAGCUCGGCCUGCCCGAGGCGAAGCUCACCUUCCUCCAGGAGAGUGCCGAGGCGAGCUCGCUGACGUCGGGGACGGUGGACCUGAUCACGGCGUGCGAAUGCAUCCACUGGACCGACGCGACCGCCUCCCUCGGCGACUUUGCGAGGCAGCUCAAGCCCGGCGGGACCCUCGUCCUCACGCACUACAACGUGCCGCGCAUAGCGGACAACGAGGCCGCCCAGAGGAUAUGGACGGCCAUCUGGGCCAUCCAUUCGACCAAGGCGCGGGGCGCCCUCUUCGACCGAGCCUUUCGGCUGUGCAACAACGGGCUCGAGGGGAUUGAGUUUCCCGAAUCGGAAUGGACGUCGGUCCGACGGACCUACAUCAACGCCCACGGGACGCUGGACUCGUUCAAGCUCAACGACCGAACCGGCGAGAGCAGGGUCAAGGCCGGCGAGGAGAAGGUCUGGGAGGACGGCGACGAGGGGUGGUGCCACCGGCGAGGCAUCGAUUGGCUCCGGGGGUAUCUGGGCACCUGGGUUCCCCGUAUCCCCGAGUCCGAACUGCAGCCUCUCUGGCACGAGAUGGCGCUGGUGCUGAAGGGAGAGAGGGUGAGGAUCGAGUAUCCGGUCGUCAUGAUCUUCGCGACGAGGACGGGAGAAUAG